AUGUCGCACGGAACUCUUCAAGUUACUGUUGUCGAAGGUCGAAAUCUCAAAGAUAAAGAUACUUUCGGUCAAAAUGAUGCUUAUAUUGAAUUAUACUUAGAUAAAGAUUAUAAACAACGCACAUCAAUCAUCAAAGAUACAAAUUCACCUACAUGGAAUGAAACAUUUAAUUUUAAUUUAUUAAAAGGACAAGAUCAUUUACAUAUCAAAGUAUAUGAUGAAGACAUAGUUGGUAAAGAUUCAAUCGGUUCAGCUAAGAUUAGUUUAAAAAAAAUUCAACAGGCUGGUGGUCAUUUAGAUGAAUGGGUUAAAUUACCUGCUCAUCUUGGUCUUGGUUCACAUGGUGAAAUUCAUCUUAUUUUACGACUUACUUAA